GUCCUUGUUAGGAAUAAUUUUAGCCAUGUGCUUGCAUAGUUUCCUUUGAGGACCCCUUAGGUCCGAAACUCUAAGAGGAUUCAUGAUGAACGUAUCCAUGAUUAAUUUACACUCUCUUGUAUUACGUUGGUUGUAUCUUAUUUUGUUUAUCGUCUUCUUCUCUCUAAUUUCUACAGUUUGGGAAUAUAUAUCUCAGCAGGAUAACUACUCUAUGUUGCAACUGAAUGGUGCUGGUGCAGAAGAUGACCCUGUUUUUAAGUGGGGUGCUAGGAGAGGAGUUGCACGGAAAGAUAGUAAUGUCCAGUUCUAUGAAUCAUUUACCUAUGAGGGCAUCGAGUACCGGCUUUUCGACUGUGCUUAUUUUUAUGUACAUGGUCAAUGUGAGACUUCAAUCGGGAAGCUUGUCAACAUGUACGAGACAUCAGCAGGUGAGAAGAAAGUUAAGGUCAUUUGGUUUUUUCGACCUAUUGACAUCCAUCGCUUCUUGGGAAAGUAUGAGCCAAAAUGGAAUGAGUUGUUUCUGGCUUGUGGUGAUGAGAUAGGGGUUUCCAAUAUCAAUGAUGUGGAGACGAUCUUGGGAAAAUGCAAAAUUAAAUGCAUAUCAGAGGACCGCAGAAACCCACAACCAGAAAGCAGUGACCUGAGGAGAGCUAAGUAUGUCUUCUCCCACACCUUCGAUACGAGGCUGAAAAUUUUAUCAAACGUCUUUGCAGAUGCAAUAGCUGGAAUUGGAGUGGAGAAAUUCUUUAACAGGAUAAGAGAUAAACAGCCUGUAAAGCGCCUAAACUCAAGCGCAGCUACCAGUUCCAGGGCUUCUCCAGUGAAGUCUAUUCAUCCAGAUUUGGGAUCAACAAAGUUAGGAAAAGAAGACAACAGAGAUGGAAAGCUGACGAGUAGAACAAGCUCGGGAAGGAGAGUCUCUUUUCUAGACGAACGCGCUGAUCAUGUACAUGCGAAGAAGAACCCUCAUGUCAAUACUGAUACCAGAUCUAGAGGUCCGAUAACCAAAACCAGAGCAUUUGGAGAGUUACAUGCUUCAGGUUCAUCAGUCGAUGCUAUGGCUUCUAAAAAGAGGAAGCGUAUACUCAACAGGCCAGAAACAGAUGAUUGUGAUGAUUCAGGCCCCCAACUAGGAGAGAAGAAAUUCAUUAAAAAACCUCCUCUUGUAGAAAAAGCUCCAAAUCAGAACAUCAAGAAAAGCAGCUGGUACAAGAAACUGCCUUUUGAGGAAGAACUAAAGGCGGCUAUAGAGGAAAGUAGGGUGCUCUUAAUUGAGAACCUGGAACCAUCAUACACAUCGCUGGAGGUAGAGGAACUUUGUUGGCAAGCUUUCAAUGAAGGAGUUGAUGCUAAGAUGAUCCCUUCUAGUCUCAUGUCUAGCUCACAUCAAGGCAGGGCUCUUGUGAUUUUUGGAACGACAAAGGCAGCUGAUUCUGCCUUGUCACGGUUAACUGAAGAGUGUCUGAUGUUACUUGGCCAAACAGCUCUAGUGGGUAGCAGAAAUUUCCCAGUAGAAAUUGGAAAAUGUAGAAGUUUUACUGGCCAUUUUAGCAUGUUGGAUAGAUCUAUGAUGACAACUCAGAAGAGAAAGGCCGUCUCAACAUCACACUGCACGCAGCCCAACCACGCUGUAGACUCUAUGGCCUAUGAGUGGCUCGCUCUACAGGCAAAGUCAGAAUUGACGUGGAAGAAGUUAGCCGAGAUACAAGCCAAGGAGAUUGACAUCCUCAAGCGCAUAAACCAACAAUGAACCAAAGGAAAGGAACAAAGUGCAAAAAAACCCUUCUCUUAACAACAAUACAAAAGAACACUCGUCGGUUUUGGUUUAGUUUUUGGGAUCUAGCUGAUGUAAACCCAUUGUGUCAUUUAGGUGGCAACUAGGCAGUAACCUUAUACACUCACCUAGCAGGUUGAUGCUAAUAUUUUGGUAGGGGUACAUAGAGAAAACUACUUUGACAGGUUUUGAUGUCAUAAAGUCUAAGGUUAUGUUGCUUCUAAAAAACAAUACGAUGGGUUAUGCAUCUUUGCAAAGAUUUAGUUACCAGUCAA